GUGUUCAAAACACACAAAUGAACGAAAGCAUAAAGAUUGAAGAGCAACUUCAAUUGGGGACUUUUCCUGUAACUACAUCGCCAUGUGUUCAAAAUACACAAAUGAACGAAAGUAUAGAGAUUGAAGAUCAAUUUCAAUUGGGGACUUUUCCUAUAACUAAAUCGCCAUGUGUUCAAAACACAGAAAUAGACGAAAGUAUAGAGAUUGAAAAUCAAUUUCAAUUGAGGACUUCUCCUGUAAUUACAUCGCCUUGUGUUCAAAACGACGAAGUAGACGAUAUAAAGAUUGAAGAAGAAGUUCUAAUGGAGACUUUUCCUAUACCUACAUCUGAGGAAUUUAAUUAUGAUCUUCUUGAAGUAAUUAAAGAAGUACCCGUUGAAUCGGAGGAAUAUGGAUAUAUUGAAUUUAACUUUAACACGGGACCAAAAACAGUAAUAUAAAAAACAAAGUGUUUAAAGUGUUUAGAAAUGUGUUAAUUUCUUCCAAUUGUCUUAAACAACAAUCUUUUUUCAAGCGGCAUCAAGGCAAACAUUUAAUUGUCUGACUCUUAACAAGAAGUAACUGAAAGAAGUAUUGUUGUUGGGAAUUGAGAAAUAAUUUGUUCUAAACAUUCAAUUUAAAUUUUCAGAAUAUGAUUAAGUUUUUAAUUUUCUAUUUGUGUUUUUCUAAAUCAUUGUUUACCACUGUUUAAGUUCUCGAGGACUUAUUUAUAUUUGGU